CAAAAUUCUUCUCUUUCAGAAAGAAGAGAGUACACGUCAAGAUACGUUUCUCUCUCUUUUCUUUAUCACCAUCGGAGUUUUAGAGAGAGAGGAGAGCAUUUUUUCAUAGGGAGAGAAUAUAUCAGAAAGAUAAAAGCAGAGGAGAGAGAGAGAGAGAGAUUGUGUAUGUGUAUUUGAUGAUUGUUGAACGUGGAAUUGCAGAGAAGAAAAUGGAGACAGCUUCACCUUUUCUUCCAUACAAAGCUCUCUCUAUGGACCCCAUUAAUCCUGACCCAACUGUCACGUAUUCUUCUACUGUCAGCCAACAACAACAUUGUAAAGCUCUCCUCUUUCACUUUCUCACUUUCUCUCUCCUCCUACUCCCUCUCUCUUCCUCCACUUUUCUCAGUCUUUAAUGGCUGCCCGUUUGGGAAAUUCUGCUUAAAAAAUUUAGUGGGUCGGUGCUAGAUAAGCAUUUGGGACUCUUUUUCGUUGUCAAAAAAAGAUACCCACUUGGAAAAAAGUAAAAAAAUAAAAAUAAAAAAAAAGGGAAAAGUCUUUACUUCUCAGCAGGUGUUGUAGAAGAUGCUGAAAAAUUGAUCUGGGUUUUGUUAAAAAAAAGUGUGUUGUUUUGGCCUUUUCUUUGGAAAAUUUUGAUGGUUUAAUUUGGUGGUUAAAACUUUGAUAUAGAACGGAGAAUCUUGCAAAGCUUUGUUAUUUAUUUAUUUAUUUAUUUUCUCUGUUGGGAAUGAAUAUCUUCGUUCCGAAUUUUGCAGAAAUUGACUUGGGUGAUCACAAUGGGUCACUUUCGUUGGCGUUUCAUGCUAUAUUAUAGAGGCUUAAAAUUUUCACUUUUGCAUGUUUUCUUCUUUCAGUGGUUGAAGCAUUGACCUUGAUAUAGUGGUUGCUCAACAAAGUAUCAGUUCAAGUAUCAAAAUUAAGGAUUUUGAAUUCAGUUUGUGCUCAUGAGAUUUGGAUUUAACGAUUUUGGAGGCAAGCUUUUGAUCACAUUUUUCCAAGAAGGUUAUCAUUUACUAAGUUUGUUCAUUGAAAAAUGAGGGCGAAUUAUUUAGCCGUGACCCAUUUUUGUGAUCAUGAACGUUGAGGGGAUAUAAUUAUUUUGAGUGAUCCUUUCUUUGAAGAGAAUAUCACAUUGUGUGAAGUGAGAGAUGCCAUGUUAAAGGCCUUUUAUGAAGGAAAAAGAGAAGGAUUUGAUACCUUGCCAUCCAAAGAAAGCUUUGUUACCUUAAACUUCACUCUUCCAGAUCGCUUAAGAGGUAAAUAGGAGGUUCUUGAGUAUUCUGUACUGGAUUUGGUUAAUCUUCACUUUUAUUCUGAGCAGCGAUUUCAAGGCUCAAAACACGAGCUAGGCCGGUGGGAAAAAUUUUUUAUGAGAAAAAUCCAAAUUAAGUGAAAAAUCACUCAACUUCUAUGGCGAAGAGGUCCCAGAGACGCUCUGUGCGUUAUGAGAAAGAUCAAUCAGGUUGUAUGUGGGGUUUCAUAAGUAUAUUUGACUUCCGCAAUGGUCGAUCUAGCCGGAAGUUGCUCUCGGAUAGGAGGCAUGGAAGCAAGCAUACGUUGGGUACUGGAAAUUCAAACAAUAAGUUUGAAAUAUUGAGCAAUUUGGAUGAGAACUGUCAAGACAAGCCUGAUGUCGAAGAGAACAGAGCAGAAAAAGUAACAGCUGAUACCCGUAAGCCUAGUGUGAAGAAACUCAUGGAAGAAGAGAUGUUCAAUGAGGAGGACAUAAAGAAGGAUACGUGCAAUGCUGAAGUAGAACCUAAAGAGAGUGAGUCAGCACAUGAAGGACAAACAAGAACACACCAGAAAAGGGCAAAGAAGAGUCGCAAGAAAAGCCGCGAUAUGGAUGUUCAUAAUUUGAAUGUAACUGAAAAUUUGCAAUUGGAGUGCAAUUGUGAUCAGAUCCCAAGCCAACCAUCUAUAAAAGAUCUUGGUAUAGAUGAGAUAAUGGAAGAAUUCUGUCAUCAGAUACAUCAGAAAAGUACCUGUUGCACAAAGCAUGACCUGAAUGGUGAAGCAACUGUUCUUUCAAGCCACAAGCAUUCUGACUUUGAAGUCAAAUUAUGUGAGGCGGUGAAGGAGUUCAUAAACCAGAAGUUUUCUGAAGGCAAAAAUCUCACAGAAGAUCAGAAGAUCCACCACUCCAGAGAACUCAUGGAUGCACUUGAGCUCAUAAGUUCAGAUGAAGAACUGUUUCUGAAACUUUUGCAAGAUCCAAACUCUUUAUUGGUUAAAUUUGUUCAAAACUUGCAGGAUGCCAAGGUAAAGAGAGAUGAUGAAACCAAGCCGCAUGGUGGAUCUGACUUAGAACAGAAGCUUGUUAAUGUAAGCAAAUCCGAGGAGCUUGUCCAUCCUAAAAAGCGGCACUUCUUUAGGAGGAGGACCAAAUCUCAAGAAAAGUUCCCAUCAAUGGAAAAUGAGCAUUCUGAGGCUUCAAAUAGAAUUGUUAUUUUGAAGCCUGGGCCAACAGGCUUACGAAACUUACAAAUUGAAAGCAGCCUUGACUCAUCACCGGAAUGUCAUAGUAUUGCAAGAAAUAAAGGGCCAAAUGAUAGAGUUGGUUCUCACUUUUUUCUUUCUGAAAUUAAAAGAAAAUUGAAGCAUGCCAUAGGAAAGCAGCAACAUGAAAUAUCUACAACUGGGAUGUCGAAUAGAUUUCGCUUCAAGUCUAGGAACAUAGGAGAUGGUGAGAAAGGAGGUGGUAAGGGAAAUAGUGGAAUGAAUUCUCCUAGCAAAGACCACUUCUAUAUUGAAAGAGUUGCUAGACCUUCCACUGGUUCCAAGAGAACAGACAAGGCUGGCAAAAUGAAAGACUCUGAAAUAAGUAUAAAACCUGAAGCUGAUGGUCUCCCCAAUCAAAGGAUAUCUAAUAUCUACAUUGAGGCAAAAAAACAUCUUUCUGAGAUGCUGAGCAAUGGAGAUGAAGUUGUGGACUUAUCAGGCAGACAGGUUCCUAAAACCUUGGGAAGGAUUCUUUCACUUCCCGAGUACAACCGUUCUCCCAUUGGUAGUCCUGGAAGGGAUUGGGAUGAUGCUAUUGUAACUGCACAGAUGAGAUUUUCUGCCAGUAGCAAACUGCAAAAGGUCAAUGAGAGCAAGUGGUCUCCCAUAAAAGAGAAAAAUGUUAGUCCUUUAGGUCGGGAAGCACAAUAUAAAGAGAGUCAGUCCCCUAUACAAGACAACAAUGCUGAUCAUGAACAACAAGCUCCUACAUCAAACCCUAGUAUAUCAGAUGAUAUUAUUCAUAAUGUGAAAGUUGAAGACAUUGAUUUCAUCGUUGAAGAUGAGACAAGUCCUGAAGGUGAGCCAGAGAUUAUAAAAGAAGAAUGUAUUAUCUUGGAUGCUACCACUGAACCAAAUUGCUCUACCUCUGCUAUCAGGGAGGAUGAAAAUGGGGAGAAAUGUGAUCUAUGUGAUGAUAAAAGAAAUUUGGAAUCGAUGAAACAGGACUUUUAUGAGGACAACGAGCUGAAAUCUUCUCCAAUAGCAUCCCCUUCAAGCUCUUUGGCUAUCAAGAAGGUUUCGGAUCUUGAAAGUGCUUUUGAUAUGCCAGAGAGGCCAAGUCCUGUCUCAGUUCUUGAACCUCUAUUCUCGGAGGAUGACAUUAGCCCUGCAAACACGAUAUGUGAACCUGUCAAUCUAACAAUACAGCCACUACGGAUUCAAUUCGAAGAGCCUGACUCUUCAGCUGCAGAUCAACCUAAUAGUGCAAAAAGCUUUAUGGAAGACAAAGAAUCAGUCUUUGACUACAUAAAAGCAGUAAUUCAAGCCUCUGGUUUGAAUUGGGAUGAAUUACAUACAAAGUGCCUUUAUUCAGAUCAACUACUAGAACCCUCAUUGGUUGAUGAGGUAGAGUUUUUCUCCAACCAGAUUUGCUGUGACCAAAAGCUUCUCUUUGACUGUAUUAAUGAAGUUUUAAUGGAGAUUUGUGAGUACUACUUUGGUUGCUCCCCUUGGGUGUUAUGUGUUUUACCGCGGAUAAGGCCAGUACCAAAUAUGAAAAAUGCUAUUGUUGAGGUUUCCGAAGGAGUUAAUUGGAAUCUCUUUGAACUGCCACUGCCUCGUACUCUGGACCAGAUUGUCGGAAAAGACUUGGCAAGAACCGGAACAUGGUUAGAUAUCCGGUUGGACACUGAAACCAUUGGUUUUGACAUUGGUGAAUCUAUCCUUGAAGACUUAAUGAAAGACACCAUCUUAAGCUGUUUAGAUGCAAGUUCUAAAGCCGAAUAUGCUGAGACUCUGGUUUUGAAAUAAGAAGGGAGCAGUAUCAAUGUGUAAAUGAAAGCUGAUUCUUUUCCUUAUCACCAUAAAUGCCUGACCUUCUGCCAAAGUGGGUAGGAAAAUAACUUUUAUCCAUCUGGAGGAUGGAUAGCACCUGUUCUUAAAUGAAGAGAAUGUUGUAUGUAGCUAUCCUGAGGCUAGCUAUCCUGAGGCAUCCUGUAAUAGUUUGACUAAAAGCUUUUUCUAACUCUCUCUGCUGAACUCAUGUACAUAGAAGCUGCCAGAUAAAAGAAAAAAAACAAAGAAAAAGAAGAAGAAAAAUGACUCAUGGGCGUUCAUAUGUUUUCUCAAUUGCAAGAUCAAGAUCCUUCGUGGGAAUGGAUCAGAAAAUCCAAUCUGCAAGUGCUUCUUGCAAGAAUACAAAAUAAGGCUCGUUUCUCACCGCAUUUUUACAAUGUUGAUGAUUGGUGAGGCAGUAACCUAUGUAGAUUUUGUAGAGUUUGCAGUGUCCAUUGUGUUAGUUGAGAAAGUGUGUUCUUCAUUUUGUUUGAUUUCAUUCAUUCAUCUGUGUGUUCACUUAUUUUGCUACUGUAUUUGUGAAGUUUGGGAUAUCCUGAGUUGUGAGUUGUAACUAGCUAAAAGAAUUAAGGAAAUAAAAGAAUUUGAUAUUCUGAACAAA